AUGGUUGGUGGUCAUAAUAGUAUGUUUGAAUAUGAUAAAAAUACAAUAUGUAAAUUGGGAGAUCCUCAUGAAGUAGAUUUUUAUCAAUUGAUGCCCGAGAUGCUCAAAACAUUUACACCCGAAUAUAGAGGUAUAAUUACUGUUCAAUAUCAUGUCGAUGAGAAUGGAGUCAUUACACUUGUUGCAUCUCAUGAUCAUUCUGAAAGUAAUAAUAGUCAAGUAGAAGAUGAUAUAUCAUUAUCUGAACAAAUAAGUCAACGUCAAUCAUCAACAAAUAAUCGAAUUGAUUUAAAACCACAAGCAUCAGCGAUAAAUACAACAUCAGAAGUAUCAAAAUUGAAUUGUACAAAUAGUUUAAAAAAAUCUACACAAUGUUUUAAAGAUGGUCAUGUAGAAAGUUCAAUAAUAUUUCCAUCAUCUACUGGUUUACUUGAUGUUAUAAAUUAUGAACAAAGUAAAACAGUAGCAAAAAUAAAUCCAUGGUGUUUAAAAAUGUGUAAACAACAAGAAGAAAAGAUGCAUCAAAUGAUGGGAAAUAAUGUAGAACAUACAGUCUCAGAAACUUUUAUGUUGCUUGAAAAUAUUACGGCACGUUUUAAAUAUCCAUGUGUGUUAGAUUUAAAAAUGGGUAAACGUCAGUAUGGUGAUGUAGAUUCAGAUAAAAAAAAAUUAUCAAAAAUACAAAAAUGUGAAUUAUCAACAUCAUCAACAUUAGGUACAAGAGUUUGCGGCAUGCAGGUUUAUCAAGCUAAUUCUGGCCGUUAUAUGUUUUUCGAUAAAUAUGCUGGUCGUAGUUUAACUAUUGAUGGAUUUAAACAAACACUUCGACAAUAUUUAGACAAUGGUGUACAAAUACGUACUGAUGUUAUUCAACCAAUACUGGAACGUUUACAUACAUUAUAUACGGUUAUAUGUACACUUUCACGAUAUCGAUUUUAUAGUGGUAGUUUAUUGAUUAUUUAUGAAGGUUCACAACAGCAACAAGAGCAAUCAAUGUCAGAUGAAUCUAGAUUAAUUGAUAUAAGAAUGAUUGAUUUUGCUCAUUCAUUGCGUGCACCCACUAGUUCCGAUGUAGGAUCAUUACAUACUGGACCAGAUAAUGGUUAUUUAUUUGGUUUAAAUAAAAUAAUGGAAUUUUUAAAGGAUAUAUUAAUAGAAAAAAGUACAACAACAACAACAGUUGCUACGACACCAACAAUGGAAAAACGAGAAUAG